AAUACCAAAUGUCAUUUGACGUCCAAUUUUGCGUGGUUUCACUGUGUUUGUUUGGGUUUUUAAAAAUGAACUUUGGUGUUAUAAUUUAAUUGUGGAAAUAAAAUAUUAAAUAACAUGCGUUAUUAAUUUGAUUACAAUUGUUAUUAACGAAAAAAUGGCUAUACCGCCCUUUCCGUCACAAGAUUUGGCAAAACUCGUUUUAGGGUAUCUUGCCGAAGAACAGUUGAUGACGGCUUAUGAUGAAUUUUUACUGGCUAGCCCAUAUUUAGAUGCCCUUAGAAAUGAAUAUGACAGGAUCUUUAUGACAUCACUUAGGAACAUUCUAGCUGAAUAUAGGGCUAUUAAAAUAUAUGUGGAAACAUGUAAGCCAUUUUUGUUAAGAAAGAAAUUAUUUCAAUGUUCAAAUCUGUUAGAAAUUGUAAAGUUUCUUGUUAGUUAUAUAGAUAUAAACAGACUACAUGCACAGGAGUUAAAUGUAGAUAAAAUAAGUUCAAGCAAAUAUACUUCAAAUACAAGAAUCAGUGUGUGUGAUGUUUGCGAUUCGUUAAGUUUGGAAACCUGCAUGUGCAAGGCUAAAUCUCCUAAACCAGUAUCUACGAUACAUCCCGCUUGUCAAAGAGAGGCAUCUACUUUAGAAAGUUCAAUAGAAACAACAGCACUAUCAGAUUUGCCAGGUAAUUUAGUGACGAAAAAGAAAAUUACCAAGGAUUCCGAGAUAGAAAUUGCGCCAUCACAAACUAGCUCCACUGAACAAGUAACUGAUGUCAAUUUAAAAAGUUGGAAUACUUGCACUUUAAGUAGUACAAGCCAUGAACCACAGCUGCCUUCAGUACCACCGCAAGAUAUAAAUAAUUCUAUAAAUUUUAAUACACAGGAUAUUAUCAUCUCUAAAUCAGAUGAAUCAAAGCAAAAAAUUGAAGAGUUUAAUAAUAUAUUAAAUUUAGUUUGCAGCAAUAAUAAUUCUUCAACCCCAACAAGUGGUAGUAAUUAUAAUUCUCAAGAUUCUACCAAUAGAACGAUACCUAAUGCUGGUACUUUCCAAGAAUUUGCAACAGGCGUAGGUGAGAGCAAUGAUAGGGAAAAAUCAAUUGUUCCUGAUUCAAGUACUUCAGAAAAUUCUAGUAUACAGAACAAUGCAAGAACAGAAAAUAAAGUAAAUAUAAACCAAAUAACACAUAUUAAAGGUCAAUCAAAAACGCAAUUUUUACUAAAAGUUACAACUGCUAAUUCACAACAUGGUCCAGCAAGCAAUACUAAUGAUUCGAUAAAUACACCAAAAAGUGAAUUGCCUAAAAUCAAAAGUCUAUCAAAACAGAAGUUUGAUGACCCAAAAAUUAAAAUACUAUCAGAUGUAAAAGUAGGCAAAAGCUUUAAAAGCAAUAAUAAUAAAAAAGCUCCUACAGUAAAACCUGUUACAUCGACACCUUUGUUUCAAAUGCAAACAAUUGUUAUUAAUGGUACACCCGCGUAUAAGAACAAACAAGGGGCAAACUUUAGCUAUACUAAAGAUGAAAUUAUGGCGAUGCCUACUAUCAUUUUAGUCCCUGCAUCAGGUGCUUCGCAGAGCGCAACAACAGCUAAAAGUUCAACAGCCCAAAGUGUAAAUACUGUAGAAACAACCACUACUUCUGCAGCACGUAUGCUAGGGCCCCUAAUGAUAGAUACUGUUUCUAAUAAUUCCGUACCUGCGCAUAAUUCUGAAACAAUAGAAGAAGUAAUACCAAAAGAUCCUUCAAGAGCGGCACAAGAAAUUAGUUCAGUGCAGCCAAUAGAUGUCACACAUAGCUCUGUUCCAAAAGACACAAAUCUUACCGUUUCAAACAAGACAAGUACACCUCAUAUUUUACCUCCAGCGCGAAAGUCCUCUUCUACGCCGCGAAGAACGUCGCACGUAAGAGUUUUAGAUUUCACAACACCAAGAAGAAUAUUACAUGAAACAAUUAACGAACAAGAUACAAAUAAAAUCAUAUCAGAUGAGGUAGUCAAUAAUGAAAAUAGUGACUUUCCACUUGAAGAUAGUGUCGUCAAUAAUGAUAAAAUAAUAAUUCAGCAGGCUGAUUCCAAUACUUCUAAUGCUAAUCUUCCCACAAAGUCGAAUAGUUUUAAAAAAAGAAAUUGGGAUGCCGAAUUACGAGCCCUUGCCGUGAAAAACGACGACGAAGCUGUAUUUACACCUAAAUUGAAACCCGAGAAAGCCAAAAUUAAUAAGAAAAAGGUUUCAUCGAAAGAUGAGAAUGUUCAAGAGACUUCAGAAACAGAUAAACUUACUAAUAAGAAGAGUAAAAAAAAAUUGUCACCUAAAACAAAAAAAUCCAAGAAAAAGAUGAAAUCUGCUAAAAUCGUUUUAGAAUCUACAGAAGAAAAAGAGCCUACUGACAAAAAAACUUUAAAAUGCUCCAUGAAUCCAACGGUUAACAUAAUAAGAGAAACAGAUUGGAAUACUAUGGAAUCAAAGGAGAAUACAGAUAAUCAAUCAGAUAUAGGAAUAAUUAAUUAUAGCGACGAAAGGGUCGAUACACCAGAAACGGAAAGACUUUCAUUACAGAAUGUAAUAGGAGCGAAACUCAAUAUAUCUGAUCUUUUAGAGACACCUUAUAAACAAGUAUUGUAUGAUAUUCAAAUGGAAACUCCUAAGUUUUUAGGUGCCGAUUUACCUGACGAACCCAUUUCAGAUAUAAAAAUUAUGAAUAUACCUACACCUCGAUUUCUAGCUACGCCUAAACCAUUACAAGCAACUCCAUCAUACUCGUCCCGUACUACUGAUUAUUCUAGUGGAGGUUCGUAUUAUAAACCAGACGAUCAAGAUUAUAUUCCGGCACGCGAAGUUUUAGAGUGCGCUGUUACUGUCGUUGAAGAACCAGUUAAGGUUGUAAAUGAAAAACCUAAGGAAUCAAAGGUUGACGUCAAAGAUAAGUCUGAAAAAUCUAGUCGGCCGCAGAGGAAGUGCACUAAAAACGUGUCUUAUAAAAGUCUUAAUGCUACGGCAAGGUCCAAGGACCUUGAAAAUCAAGAUGUUGCUUCUGUGUCAAGUGAGACGAGCAAUGCCAGUUCACGUGAAAGAAAAGCCGACAAAUCAAUGGAGCCACGUAAUCGACUAAAAGCUAAAAGUAAAAAUGAUACUAAAAAGUUAGUUACAAGCAUACAUAAGUCCCCCUUAAAGAAUGAAACUGCCAAGAAGUAUAUUAGAAUAAAAGCAUUUCGAAAAACACCGGUUAAAGAAACGCCGAAUAAGGGUAGAAAAAAAACUGCUGACUUGUUUCAUACGCUUUCUGCAAAAUCACUCUCAAGAAAACGAACAACUAGUAAGGAAAAAGGUACGAAUAUUAUACCUGUUCUCACCUCUGUUCCUACAAAAUCACGAAGAAAAUCAUCAACACCUAGAAAACUGCAUUGUACAAAACCUUUUAAUUCAGAUAGUGCUGAUCCAAAUUCUUCUGAUUUAUCUAAAAGCACGCAAAAAAUAACUGGAGAAAAAAACGCGUAUUGUCCUCAGGAGUCUGAUACUGAGCAACAACCUCUCUUGUGGUCUGAUGAUGGUUCCCAAGAAACUAAGUACAAAGAAAAUCAAUCGAUAUCGAACACUGAUACUGACGAUAUUAGUAAAAUAAAAGAAUUUAUCGAAAAAUCUGUGAUUGAAAAGCAGGUUUCUGAAAGUGAAGGUAGCUUGCACGACGAUUUAGUGAGACGAGGUUUUGAUGUUGAGACUGCAAAAAUAAUCGAGCGUGAUUUGCUUGAUGCGACGCCAGUUCAAGACACUGCGGUACAGUCUACGAGUGACAUUACAAGUUUAAAUAAAAUUGCGGUUUCUCAAAAUGUUAGUGAUAAGGUUGAGUCAGAUGGCAGUAUUUCAAAUAAUUUGCUUAUAGUACAAGAAGAGGAUGAAGCGGAAGAAAUAGAACUUUCGGUUGACGAAUGUAAUGAGGAGUGUGAGAAUUUUGUUACAUGCGAAUUUGAGGAGUCAAGCUUUGUACCUAGUGUUCACAUUUCAAAAUUGAAAGAUACAUUUUCUAUGGAAGUAUGCAUAGAGGAUGGAGUUCCAAUAAGGCUGAGAGCGACUCCUUUUAAUGGUUUAUUUGAAGAAAAUUCGUUCGAACCGAAUAAAGAUUUUAACACGAACGAAACAGAAUUAGCAGUAAGUUCAAUAUGUAACAUAGAUAAACUAUACACACCAAUGAAAGAUCGAAGGGCACAGUGUAUUGAAAUAUUUGAUUCAACAUUAACAAGUAUAGAUACACCGCUGAAAAAAGAAAGUAAUAAAGAAAUUGUUUAUGAAACAACAGUUGCUGAAAUAGUUCUAGAAGUUGAAAAUGUAGAAGUAAAAGAAAAAUCUGAAACGAAAAAGAGGAAAAGGGCACAAAGCGGUGUCUCCGAUGAGUCGCUUAACAAAAAGACAAAACCUGAUACUCAGUACUUACUAAACUCGGCCAACAUACAGAAUAUUGAUAUAGAGUCAGUAUUGAGUAAAUUACAUGGACCUUAACAGACUGAAAUUGUUUUAUCAUUGUAUUUUAAAGUGAAAUCUUAUGAGUUAAGGACAAUAGUUUUAAUAGAAAUUAUGUUGAUCAUAUAUGUAUUAUGUAAAUAAUUUUAAUCGUAUACAUAAGUCAAUUUUUUGAAUAUUAUGUAAGUAUGUUUCAUAAUCGAUAAAAUAAAUAAAAUACGUGAUAUUUACGUGUUUUGUAGUAACAUGUGUGAGACACAGUGUUUUUAUAUUUUCUAAUAAAUUAAUUGCCUGUUUAUUUCGUAUCUACUGCAGGGUAGAUUUGUAACUGUUCGUACUUUAAGCCGUUAUAAUGUUUGAC